CAGAAGAUAAAGGUGACACAAUUGUAAUGUAAAUCAGAAAUAUCUCUAGCGAAAGGCUCAAAUUGUUUGUAUUAGACGGAUACUACUCUAAGAUGUGGUUUCUGAACUUUUUAUACUGGGAAGAGAGAUUAGUUUCUUAAUUUAGGAAAAUAAAGACAUGUCAUUUGAUCUUACACGUGAAAGUUCGAAUUACCGAGUGGUAGUCAUGGGAACGGCUGGUGUAGGUAAAAGUUCAAUUAUCAGUCAGUUUAUGCACAACAAGUUUACAGAAACACACAAGGAAACCGUGGAAGAAUUACAUCGACACCGGAUGAAAUUUAAUACCAUGUUUGUUGAAAUCGACAUAUUAGACACUUCAGGUUCGCAUGAGUUUCCUGCCAUGCGUAAACUUGCCAUAGCAACGGGAGACGCCUUUAUUCUUGUGUAUGCGGUCGACAAUCACGAAAGUUUUGAAACCGUACAAAGAUUACGUGAUGAAAUAAAAGAAUGCAGUCACAAAGACCACUAUUCAAUCGUCGUAGUUGCAAACAAAACAGACUUAGAGAAACAAAAUCUCGUUUUACAAACGGUCAAUGAAUCCGUAGUAUGCAUUGACUGGGAGGAAAAGUUUGUAUUCACAUCUGCAAAGACUGGUGAAAACGUAGAUAUAGUUUUUCAACUGUUAGAAAAGAAAAUUAAAGAAAGGCUAAUUCAGGAGGAAAAACGCCUUUCUUUUUUUCGGAGAAUAUCAAUGCCGGUUAUGAAACUUGCCAAACAGGAACGUCAACAUGCACCUAAGCUUAAUAAACAAUCCAGAACAUUCUCCUGUGGCGUUACCUAUUCUAAAUGACUGUAUAUAAUUAAUAUAAUCAGCGUGAAAGUUUUCAUCACCUUAAAACGAAACUCUGGAUUCACAGAUACUUAGAUAUAACCGUAUACAUUUUAUAUGUAAGAGUAUAUAUAUUUAUAAACAUUAUCAAUGUUUUAUUUCAAACCAGUGCUCAGUUUGAUGCCUAUUACUGUGUAUGUAUAUAACUAUUCUAAUAUGAUUGCAGAUUCUUUGAAAUAUUCAUUUUAGCACUCUGUUUUUCAUCAGUAAGAGAUAUGAUUUACUUAAAUAGUUUACAUGAAUAAAAUACAUUUCGACGUUGCCAGCUGUGGAAAAAAGAGCUUUAACUAAAAGAAAUGGUUUAAAAAGAAAUAAUGGGACAAAAAUUUAAAAUCUAUGACAUUUUACUGACAUGCAAUCAUUUUCCCGUGAAAUGAUAGCAUCAUUUUUAUGUUUUCAUGGCGUUGCUGUCUUGACCUAUUUAUUUCUGAGGAAAACUACGUCACAUGUCUCACAUAUAAUACCUAGUUCUUGAGGCUCAACGCUUUGGCUUGAUGAUAUGUCGCAUAUUAUUUUGUGACGUCAUAUUUUGUUACAUGUUCUGCUUUUAGUAGCCAGGAAUAAAUGAAUUAAAUCAACUGA